AUGCAUCUUUUGGCUCUCUGCUUUGUUGGUUUUGUCAUCAGAGGUGUCUGGGGCCACAAAGUCGAGGUGCUGACCACACCGUGUGAAACUCUCACUGUCUAUCAAUACGGAGCAUCAGACUCUGAUCCAGUUGAGAGUUCCCAGUCAAACAGCCCAAUUGUCGUAGCAGAGUCUCCAGCCCCAGUCGCGCCGGCCGCAACCAUUGAAUCCGAUCAGGAAACAGCAAUACCAUCAGAGCCAGUCACCCCAUGCGACACUACUCAAUCUUCGUUGCCAACGGUCCCAUACGAGCCGGUAACGAAGUCUGUAUAUUAUGAGCCACCAACUGAGCCCAAAGAUGACACGGCAACGGUAGUUGAGCCAGUCACUCCAUGUGAUACUACACAGACUUCAUCGAUAUCGAUCAUAUACAAACCUAUCACAGAACCUGUCACCUACGUCCCUCCAAUUGUUACCAUUGAGACAUCUUCGAUAAGUCAGCAUCUUCGAAUCAUAACCACGGAACCUCUUGUUACGUAUACUGAGUCAACUUAUGAGACACCUAUCCAGUAUCCUAAACCUAAAACAGAUACUAUUUACCUAACUAUACCAAACUCCAGAGAACCAGAGCCUAGUAAAGAUUAUGUGCCUGGAACUUAUCCGCCUGCUGAUGUUCCAACCGCUGAGCCCGUCCAGCCUCCUAUCCCAACCGAACACCUCCAGCCACCAGUUCAAACAGGACAAGUGGUUCCGCCUGUGAUUACCAAACAUACAGAAGCGGGUUUACCGUCCCAGCCAGGCUAUCCAUCUCCCUCGUCUGGAUUAGAAAUACCCACAGAGACUAUGGAUGUACCCAACAAGCCCAUUCAGACAUCGGCAGCCGAAACUCCAAAGCAACUGGAUGAGCCAACUCGGGUUACAGCUCCAACUUCUGCUGGCCCGUUCAAGACUGAAGAACUACCAACUCGAGUACCAGAUCCAGCCAGCGUCUCCAAUGAGCCGACUGUUUUCACUCAACCGUCGCCACCUAUCCAAUCAGGUUUCACGACACGUACCAGUAUUGAGGUUGUACCUACAGAUGAGGUCUACGAGUUGAACCUCGAAGAUGCUAUACUAGGCCCAUAUGCAAGGUUGGUCGACGUUUGCGGGGAAAAGAUCAUUGUACUGGAACCUCCUCCAUACCACGAGGCGAACUUUACUCUCAAGGUCAACGGAACAUCGGGUUUCUCACCAGGUGGCUUUGCCAACCUUAUAACAUCAGUAAAGAUUGACAAGGUACAUCAUAAUGACCGACGUCAAAUGGUUAUCUUCCGACGAGAUGACGACGACGAAGCCGGUUUCCUUGAGGCUUCCGCGAAUGACGAUGAUAUCGGUAAGAGGGAGGACAGUGAGACCGGAGAUGCGAUUGAAGAGUGGGUGGCCGACAAGCCGAUAACAGAGGCAGAUCCCACGUUAGCUAUAAGCUACAUAGCUGGGAGUGACCCCAAGUCUGCUCAGAUCGAGGGUAUGACCUAUAUCAAGAGAGGAAAUAUCGGCACAAACGUAUAUCGGAGGAAGGCAACUCCAGCUGGUCGGAAUACUACAAUACGCCCAGAAGACGAUGGAAAGGAAUGCAACACGAACAUCCAUAGCACGGGCACUCCAACAGCUGUCCCUACGCCGGUGGAGGUUCAUCCAAAUGAGGCAGGAAAUGGUGUCGUGAUGAAUACUGCUGCAUUGUUCGGAAUAUUUUUCGUUGCAGCAAUUCUAGCUUGA